CAGGAAGUAGCGUUGUUCAGAACGACAACAAAUGCAAUAGUAAGUGAAACAUAAAUUUUGCUCUAUUUAAGAGUCUCCAGAUAGAAGAUGGAAACUCGCUUUACAAAAGGAAAGUCCGCUUUACUGGAGCGACCUCUCACUCGACCCAAAACCGAGGUGAGUGUGAGCGCUUUCGCCCUGCUGUUCUCCGAGGUGGUGCAGUACUGCCAGAGCAGGGUCUACUCUGUGACCGAGCUGCAGGCCCGGCUGGCGGAGAUGGGCCAGCGGGUCGGAGCCAGCCUCCUGGAUGUUCUGGUGCUGAGGGAGAAGAACGGCAAGAGAGAGACCAAGGUGCUGAACAUACUGCUGUUUAUCAAGGUAUCUGUGUGGAGAUCCUUAUUUGGUAAAGAGGCAGACAAGCUGGAGCAGGCCAACGACGAUGACAAAAUAUACUAUAUCAUCGAAAAAGAAUCUCUGGUCAACACAUAUAUCUCCGUUCCCAAAGAGAACAGCACUUUGAACUGUGCAGCCUUCACAGGAGGGAUUAUAGAGGCCAUCCUCACCCACAGCGGCUUCCCAGCCAAAGUCACUGUCCACUGGCACAAAGGCACCACACUCAUGAUCAAGUUUGAUGAGGCUGUGAUCGCUAGAGACAAAGCGCUGGAGGGCCGAUAGAGGGAGCGCCAGACAGUAACAAAAGAUGGAUUAAGAGACUGUGGAGUGUUUAUUUACUGCUGGAAUGGCUUUUAACAGUCGCCAAUUGUUAAUGCUUUAUGACAUUGUAAAAUCUUUUCUUUAUAAAAAGUUUAUAAAGUGUUGGAUUCACUGUGUGGAAUGUAUUUGUCUGACUUGCUACUUCUCCAUUGCAGGUAAAGGUGAAUCUUAUCAGGUCAAAAUCAGAAUGUAAUAUGUGUGUUUGUUUAUAAGUUCGGUUAAUGUUGUGUUGCAUAUUUGUUUAUGUUAAAUGGACAACAACAAUGUCAUAACCAAACAAACACCUGAUGGAAAACCUUUCAUUUCCCAUGUCAGUCAUAUAAAUCUUGUGGCUGCAUGUGUAAUUAGUGGUGUGAUGAUAUCAUAUUUGAAUCCUCCUCAGACUGUCUGAAUGUUUGUGGACUUACAGCUCUAUAACACAGAUUGCUAAAGGCGGGAUAUGUUACACAAAUAACAUGACUUAAGUGUUAUGCCCACAUGUGUUUCUGCAAAACAAUGUUUGUAGCUCUUCUUUUAUUUUGCUAGAAUACAAAUAAAUGAAUAAUAUAAGUUUUGGAAAAA